CCAGAGAGCGGGUUCCUUGACUUCCCCCUAUUCUCGGCUCCUCCCUAGCGUGGCAGCGUCCGGGCAUGCUGGGAACUCAUUUGGUCCGUCUCAUAUCCUGGAAGACUUGCUGCUGUGCUUCUAGGAUCUUUGCUAGAGGUAGAGACUAAUUUUGAAUUGAAGGAGAUGUCUAGAAAGCUGAGGCUUUUUGUGGAAGGAUCUGGCCUCCAAAGAUGUGUGAAUGAGGUUUCCCAUGACUUCAUUUUGAGAGAAAUCUGUGACUCUGAUAUCCAGAAAGAUCUUCAAGGAAGAAGCUUGCUAACUCCUGAAUCCAGAGAAUGAACUGUUGCAGAAAGAUGGCAGAAAACCUACACCACAUCAAGAAAAUCCAGAAUGUACUUUGGGGAUCAUUAACAUUCAAGGAUGUGGCUGUGGAAUUCACCCAGGACGAGUGGUGCCUAUUGGACCAUUCUCAGAAGGAACUGUACCUGGAGGUCAUGCUGGAAAAUGCGCAGAAUCUACUCUCUGUGGGUCUUCCAGUCCCUAGAGAAUAUUGUGCCUCCUAUUUUCAGCAAGGGAAAGCACCAUGGCUGCUAGAGCUAAAAGGCCCCAGGAGCUCCUUUCCAGAGGCAGAGACUAAUUCCGAAGUGCAGCAGAUUUCUACGAAACUGAGAGUUUUUGUUGAAAGAUCUGACACCGAAAGAUGGAUGAAUGAGGGUUCCCAUGACUUCAUUUUGAGAGAAAUCUGUGACUCUGAUAUGAAGAUAAACAAAAAUUUAAAGAGUGAAUGUGAAUUUGAUGACCGUUCAGAGAAAUUCAGUCAAUGUUCAGUCCUAAAUCAGUUUAUGAAUGUGACCUCAGGAAAUGACUAUUGUCAGGAUAGUCAAUACAGCAAAUGCUUUCCUGAAGAAGUAGGACUUUUUCAGUGGAAUGAGAAACCCUCUGAAAAGCCUAUGUCUCAAGGUAACCUAGGAGGAAUGGCCUUUAGCUACAGUCUAGACUUCAUUAGACAUCCAAAAAGUACAUGGGUAGAGAUGGUUUCUGUGAAGGAAGAUGUUGAGAAACCUUUCAGUCAAAACUCUGAUCUUGCCGCACAUCAAAUAAUCGAAUCAGAAGAGAAACCUUAUAAAUGUAAACAAUGUGGAAAAGCUUUCAAACGAAGGGGUUCUCUUGUAGUACAUCAUAGAAUCCACUCUGGAGAGAAACCUUAUCAAUGUAAACACUGUGGAAAGGCUUUCACACAGAGGAGUCAUCUUGUUGCACAUCAAAGCGCCCACACUGGAGAGAAACCUUAUGAAUGUAAACACUGUGGAAAGGCUUUCACAGAGAGGGGAUCUCUCACUAGACAUCAAAAAAUCCACACUGGAGAGAAACCUUAUGGAUGUAAACAGUGCGGAAAGGCUUUCAUGCAGAGUCGCUAUCUUGCUGCACAUCAGAGAAUCCAUACUGGAGAGAAACCUUAUGAAUGUAAACAAUGUGGAAAGGCUUUCAUAGAGAGAAGAUCUCUAGCUAAACAUCAGAGAAUCCACACUGGAGAGAAGCCUUAUGAAUGUAAACAAUGUGGAAAAACUUUUACAUAUAACAGCUCUCUUGCUACACAUCAGCUAAUCCACAGUGGAAUGAAACCAUAUGAAUGUAAACACUGUGGAAAGGCUUUUACAGAGAGAAGAUCUGUUGCUAUACAUCAGAGAAUCCACACUGGAGAGAAACCUUAUGAAUGUAAACAGUGUGGAAAGGCUUUCAUAGAGAGAGGAACUCUCACUAAACAUCAGAGAAUCCACACUGGAGAAAAACCUUUUGUAUGUAAACAGUGUGGAAAGGCUUUCACAUAUAGAGGGUCUCUCGCUAAACAUCAAAAAAUCCAUACUGGAGAGAAACCUUAUGAAUGUAAACAAUGUCAAAAGGCCUUCAGAGAAAGAGGAUCUCUUACUAAACAUCAGAGAAUCCACACUGGAGAGAAACUAAAUGAAUUUAAACCGGAUGGAAAGGCUUUCCCACAUAGCAGAUCUCUUGCUACACAUCAACUAAUUCACACUGGAAAGAAAACUUAUGAAUGUAAACAGUGUGGAAAGACAUUCACACGAAGGGGCUCUCUUGUAGUACAUCAUAGAAUCCACUCUGGAGAGAAACCUUAUGAAUGUAAACACUGUGGAAAGGCUUUCACACAGAGAAGUCAUCUUGUUGCACAUCAGAGCAUCCACACUGGAGAGAAGCCUUAUGAAUGUAAACAGUGUGGAAAGACUUUUCCACGUAGCAGCUCUCUUGCUACACAUCAGCUAAUCCACACUGGGGAGAAACCUUAUGAAUGUAAACACUGUGGAAAGGCUUUCACACAGAGGAGUCAUCUGGCUGCACAUCAGGGCAUCCACACUGGAGAGAAUCGUCAUGAAUGUGAAUUGUGUGGAAAGGCUUUUCCAUAUAACAGAUCCCUUGCUACACAUCAGCUAAUCCACACUGGAGAGAAACUUUAUGAAUGUAAACAAUGUGUAAAGAUUUAAACAAAAGGGCUCUCUUGUAUAUCAUAGAAUCCAUUCUGGAGUGAAACCUUAGGAAUGUAAAUACUGAAAAGGCUUUCACACAGAGAAGAAUGGAAGUUAGAUAUUGGUAAUUAUUUGUGGAAAAGGUGGAAUAGCUGGGACUGCUGUCCUGUCAUUUGAACAACAACAUUUUGUUUGGAAUUUGACCAGGAGAAAUGGUUGGAGGAAGGAUAUGACCAACUGACGUCUGGAGUCUCUUGACUUUGGAGACAGAAAGGAGAGGACUUUUGAGACAGAAGGAAAGAAGAACAAAGUCUAGCUCUCUGAUUUCUCUGCUGUGAUAUAGUGACUGAACUUCCAGAUCUAUCAGCCCAUUUUCCUAAACUGAACUAUAUUCCACCAUCCUCCAAGCUAAGACUUGUUCUAUUAUUAGGGAAACUUCAAACCCUCUUUCCUUUCAUUUCCCUAUCUUUCCUUUCUUCCCCAAUGAACCCCUUAUUUAAUCUUAGAGAAGAGAAAGAGUAUUUUAUUUGAGACAUCUUAAACUCACCUAGAGUUGAUUUAGAAAGACCCAACAGAAGAAGAAAUUGGAAGGGAGGAAUAAGGGAUGAAAGGGAGAGUCAAGGGAGCAAGGAAGUAGAUUAAUAGCCCUGGUUUUUAGUUAUCAUUUAUCUUUCAAAUAAUCCCUUAUUACAAUUUGGCACCCUGAACUGACCAAAUUCACAAUCGUGAAUAGAUUCUAUAAGGGGAAAGCAGAAAAAGACAAAAAAUACUUAAGGAAUUUAUCUUUGGGGUGAUAGUACUAGCAGCUAUUGCAGGAUAUUGGAUAUACAAUAUCCUGUAUAGUACAAUGACAAAUAUGAUUUUAGAUUCAGUGGGAUAUAACUAACAUUAUAACUUUCAUAGUGAACAUGCCUUUUCAAAAAGAUACAAUACUCUGGCAAAUACUGACACAUCUACAUUGCUGUUUUGGCUUCAAUACAAACUAUUACCUACAUGAAGAAUAUUUAUAGGUGUGUAAUUCCUAAAGCUACAGCACAGAUCAUGGGAGUGGAUACUAAUUUGGAAACACUGGUUAAGAUCAUGUUUGAGGAAUUCUUAAAGGUAAAAGGGCUAGAUCCGAUAAGUAUAAGGGAAAUGUUCAGGCAGACAAUGCACCUAAGGAUGAAGAAAGAAAGGCCAGGAAAACAAAGUUCGGUGCACAGGACAAGGACAAGGACACCAAGGCAAAGAAUGAGGCUAAAAAAAUAUAUCCACUUAAAAACAUUACCAAGAUAUCUGAUACAGCUGGAGUGUUAAUUCCAUGAAGAAAAUAUUUUCAAAUUUAAUAUCUGAGUCCCAUGGAAUGCAUAAGAAACAAAAAUGUGUUUCUUGUAUCUUUGAACCCAGUUUUGAGGAUGUGCAAUUUCUUCUGGCAUAACAUUUUAGCCCCCAUUAGCAUCGCCAAUUUAUUGAUAAAACUAGAUCAGAAAGCACUCUGACAAGCUGACCAACAGAGGAGUAAAAGGAGGACUUUGAUUUCUCUAAUCAUAUUAGCAUGACCUAUAAGGAAAUGCAAGGAGGACUUGCUCCAAGCCCUUAAAAUGUGUUGCUCAAAACCAAACUGCUUGAGGAAAAUUUGAUAGGAUGGUGCAAGACAAAGGAGAACAUCCAGCUUCAUUUAUUGAUUGCCUUUCUGAAACAGCUGAAGGUAAAAUGAGAAUAGAAACAGAGAGGAAUCUGUGGCCCAUGUUAGGAGACAAUUUUUGAAAGGUGGCACAGCACAACUCAGGAAUUUCUUCAAACAUUAUUUUCCAUGAUAGAACAUAGAGAUACUGCAUCAUACAUUUUUGGAAGUCACAUGGAGCCAACUAGACAGGUGACAGAUUUACAUCAGAAAUUGAAAGAAUCUCAGAAAAAUUUAAAAGACAAGGAAAUUGAAGAAAUUAAGAAUUUGAAUACUAUUUGAUCAUACCCUAAACUUGUUUAUCACCCUAGGAAAGUACAGAGAAAGACCAGGCAAUAUUUUUUCUGCCAUAAAACUGGACACCUAGUCAAAGACUUCUUCAUACUUCAUACUUCAAGAAGUAUGAGGCCAAUAACAAUAAAAACACUAGAAAAA